AUGUCAUACAGACAAUACAGUCCUGGCUAUGACCGUCCCAGGAAUCCCGACACUCGUCAGCUCCCUCCUGGCUGGACAGCAGAGUAUGACGAUAACUACAACGCAUGGUUUUAUGUGAACACUUUCGAAGAACCUCCACGUUCCUCUUGGGUUCACCCCCUCGAUAUUGCUCCUCGGUCUCCACGACCUGGAGGAUACGCACCUCCCUCGGGUCCCCCACCUCCGAAUGACAGACGAGGAUAUGAUUCGUCUCGCGGAUAUGAUCAACCCAGUUGGAACCAAGGACCUCCCGGCCGUUCCUACGAUGAUGGCCCUUCUCCUCGACCAUAUAACGACCGCCUUUCCCCUCGACCCUACGAUGGAGGUCCACCGUCACGAUCUUACGAUGACGGUUAUGGUUCAUCAUAUGGAGCGCCGCUACCGCCAGGUGGAUAUCGCCCCGGCGGUGGGUAUGGAGGACCUCCGCCUGAGGAAUCGAGGGGCUGGUUCGGUGGGGGUCCCUCUAUGCAGCAACCCGCCAAUGUAGAGGUGGUGGAGACACCUCCGCCUAAGAAGCAUCACAUGGGUAUGGGGACUGCCCUUGCUGCUGGUGGCGCGGGUAUUCUUGGUGGUAUGCUCAUUGGUGAUCUCAUUGAGCACCAUGAUGAGCGUGAGCGCAUGGAGGGAUUUGAUCAAGGUUUCCAGGACGGUUCCAUGGAUCAGGGUUUCAUGGACGAUAAUGGCCCUGGGUUCGGCUGGUGA